CCGUGUCCUUGUCCCUGCCUCCUGGCAGUGAGGAGCCACCCAGCAGCCGGAUUGUGAUUGGGUAGGGGGAGUGGGGCUCUUGACACAAGCGUGGUGCUGACUUCUCCGGGACGUGUUUCAACAGAUGGUCGAGGUUAGAGAGUGUCAUCACAUCGGAGCGAGGAUUAGAGGAGAGAGGUUGUCUUCCAGGAGCUGUGUGGUCCCCCCCCCUCCUCCUCCUUCUACACUUGAAACUCAAAAUCCCAGCACCAGGAGACAAACUCCUCCACGAGGGAAGGAAGGUCUGGUGAAGAACGUGAGGAUAAAGCUCAGACAGGACUCCUUGCCUACUGCCUACCAGUGAUCAUUCCAUCAAGUUCUCUAGCUGUCUGGUUCUCUUGGACGCCAUGCUAAUUCACUGGCUCUCCUGGCUGGUCCUGCUGUCUGUGGACUGGACUCCAGGCAGCCAAGCCUUUACCACCACCAGGGCUCAGGGGAUUAGGGGUCGCAUCCAGCGGGACCGCCGAAAUAUCCGGCCCAACAUCAUCCUCAUCAUGACCGAUGACCAGGAUGUUGAGUUGGGAUCUCUGCAGGUGAUGAAUAAAACCAGAAAGAUAAUGGAAGACGGUGGCACAAGUUUUAUCAAUGCCUUUGUCACCACACCGAUGUGCUGCCCGUCACGGUCAUCCAUGCUGACGGGAAAGUACGUCCACAACCACAACACCUACACCAACAAUGAGAACUGUUCCUCCCCGUCUUGGCAAGCGCAGCAUGAGCCACGCUCCUUUGCGGUCUACCUCAAUAACACAGGUUACAGGACAGCCUUUUUCGGCAAAUACCUCAACGAGUACAACGGCAGCUACAUUCCGCCUGGGUGGCGUGAAUGGGUCGGAUUGAUCAAAAAUUCCCGCUUCUAUAAUUACACUGUCUGUCGGAACGGAUUCAAGGAGAAACAUGGCGCUGACUAUGCCAAGGAUUAUUUCACAGAUCUGAUCACCAAUGACAGCAUCAGCUUCUUCCGAAUGUCCAAGAAGAUAUACCCUCACCGUCCUGUGAUGAUGGUCAUCAGCCACGCCGCCCCUCAUGGACCAGAAGACUCGGCCCCACAGUAUGCUGAGCACUUCCCCAAUGCUUCACAGCAUAUUACCCCGAGCUAUAACUACGCCCCAAACAUGGACAAGCAUUGGAUCAUGCAGUACACGGGCCCCAUGAGGCCAAUCCACAUGGAGUUCACCAACUUCCUGCAUCGGAAAAGGCUGCAGACCCUUCUAUCUGUGGAUGAGUCUGUGCAGAAGGUUUAUGACAUGCUGGAGGAAACUGGCGAGCUAGACAACACCUAUAUCAUCUAUACAGCAGACCACGGCUACCACAUUGGUCAGUUUGGGUUAGUCAAGGGAAAGUCAAUGCCGUAUGAUUUUGAUAUCCGGGUGCCGUUCUUCUUGAGGGGACCAAAUGUGGAUCCAGGGGCAGUAAACCCCCAUUUGGUGCUGAACAUCGACCUAGCUCCCACAAUUCUUCACAUUGCCGGACUCGACACCCCCCCAGAUAUGGAUGGAAAGUCCAUCCUUAAGUUGCUGGAACAGGAGCGGACUGGCAACAGAUUCAAACCCAACCGGAAACCCAAAGUCUGGAGAGAUACAUUCCUGGUGGAGCGAGGUAAGAUCCUGAGGAAGAAGGAUGACUCUAUGAGCACUCAGCAGACCAACAGUCUUCCAAAGUACAAGAAGGUCAGAGAAACAUGCCAGCUGGCAGAACUCCAGACACCUUGCGAGCAGCCAGGACAGAAAUGGCACUGUGUGGAGGAGAUCACAGGGAAGUGGAGGAUCCAGAAGUGUAAAGGUGGCUCUAAGGAAGGGUCCAGGAAGAGGGUUCGCAGCCUAAGACCCCCCAGCAGUUAUGACAACAGAGAGAAAGUGUGUGACUGUGAGGACCCUUUGUACAAACCAACCAGAGCCGAUCGGCGUUCCCAAAGACGGUUCUCCUCAGGAGGACAGCGUUAUCGCCCUCGUUUUGUACACACCCGGCCUGCUCGAUCGCUGUCUGUGGAAUUUGAGGGCCAGAUAUACGACGUCGACCUGCAAGCAGAUGACCAGUCUGGCAUCCGCCGCCGCGGCAUCUCAAAGCGACACUACAACUCAGAGGACCCAGAAUACGAUUUGGGGUCUGAUGACGGGUCAGAGGAAAUGCUGGCGGACGAUACCAAUGCAGUGGGAUACCUAAACUCUGUGAAAGUUACUCACAAGUGCUACAUCCUGAUGAAUGACAGCAUUCACUGUGAGAGAGAAAUCUACCAAUCUUCUAAAGCCUGGAAAGAUCAUAAGAGCUAUGUUGAUCAGGAGAUUGAAGCCCUUCAAGACAAAAUUAAGAACCUUCGAGAAGUCAGAGGCCAUCUGAAAAGGACGCGACCAGGAGAUUGUGACUGUGGAAAGAGCUAUUUUAACAAAGGCUUCAGAAACAAGGGAGAGAGACUGAAGGGCAGGAAUGAUCAGCUCCAUCCAUUCAAGGAGACCACACACGACAUCGAAGGGAAGACCCAGCUGUAUAAUGAGAUCCGGCGCAGGAAGAAGGAAAGGAAGGAGAAGAAGCGGCAGAGGAAGGGAGACGACUGCAGCCUGCCAGGCCUCACUUGCUUUACACAUAACAACGACCACUGGCAGACCGCUCCCUUCUGGACAUUGGGUGCAUUCUGUGCUUGCACCAGCUCCAACAACAACACCUACUGGUGCCUGAGAACCAUCAAUGAGACCCAUAACACACUCUUCUGUGAGUUUUCCACCGGCUUCCUGGAAUACUUUGAUCUCAACAGUGACCCGUACCAGCUGACAAACGCAGUUUACGCUGUGGAUCGGGACGUCCUGAACUCACUCCACGCACAGCUCAUGGAGAUGAGGAGUUGUCAAGGGUACAAGCAGUGUAAUCCUCGACCUAAAGGCUCGGAUACAGCACACAGCCAGUAUGGGAAGGACGACAGGGUUAAGCUGCCCAACCUGACAGAUGAGGAGGUGAACUGGCAGGAAUUGGAGGAUUUGUAUAGCAUAAACGAAAGCCUGUAUGAAUGUAGGCCUGACUACAGACCCAGCCCAGACAACUGGGCCAAUUUCCAGAAGGAUGUUGAUAAAAUGUUUGCACUGCGACGUGUUUUAAACCCAUUCAACCGAACUCAAAAGCUCGACGACUCCACCCUGCCAGAGCUGGGCUCUGGGGCCGGGGGUGGAAGCCUCGAGGAGGCCAGCGGAGACGAGCCGGCCUCCGCCAGUGACGUCUGGCCGGUCUUGGCUUCAGAGACUCGACUCGCCACCCCCGAUCCCAGCAGAAAGCCACCAGCACCUUCAAAGCCAGAACAGAAACUGGGAUCUGUUGUAAACGACCUUCCUGAUAGCCUUGAGAACGGACUCAAGGAGUCCGUUUUGUCACAGUCAAGUCCGCACAGACCCAAGGUCAUCCCGAGCGACAUGUGGGCGCGGCAGCUGGAGGAGCUGGAGGACGAAAUAUUUAGCGGGAACGGGCCGACUGAGAUGGAGGCUCGACACGAUGGCCUCAUGCGCACGCACAACAGCCUGCGUGCCCAGUUAGAUUCCAACCAGCAGGUCCCGGGCUCCAGCCUGGACCCUGAAGACGAGGAGGACAUUUUCCAGGCUCAAGGCUAUCUCCCUCUCUCCCCGCAGACUCUGAGGCCAAAAGUGCAGAGCAUCACCACAAAAAGCCCAGCCAUCACCUCCCCCACACAGACUAGCAGCACUCAGACUGUCGGGGUGGUCCUAAAAGCCCCACCCCAGGCCCCACUGCCCCUGAGCUUGGACUACGGGGGAAGCGGCUCGGUGACUGAGCCCUCCAUGAAGACCCUCUGAGGCAGAUGGGUGGCCCAGUAAACCUGCCGGAGAUCCGCUACAGACACUAGUUAGAAGAUAAUCUGUGCAGGACGAACAGUCAAGUCAGAUUUAUAUGACAAGUCAUAAAGUUAUUUUUUUUUACUGGUGCCAACAUUUAUUAGGUAACACUGUUACUAAUAAAUGCGUGUAUAAAAAAAAAAGUAUAUAUAUAAAUAUAUAAAAGCCUUAAUGCAGCCAAACUGCAGUUGCUAUUAAAGAUGAUCAUUUCCAUAAAGAGGCUGAAUAUUGUUUAUGAAUAUUUAAUGUUCUAUAGAAACAGUGGGUGGUGAAAUCAUCUCAGCAGCUGAAUAGGUGAUUACACAGUCACUCUGUGGUCUUCUGCCCAAUCACAGGACCCUCGGAGAACUUCACCGCAUCAACACACAAAUGUGUUUCCAUUACGACCUCAGAGCUCAUAAAUUACAACGAAAUUGGACAACAGAAACAAAAGGCGGAGUGUGGAUUUGUUAGCAUUUUCCUUCAAUGUAUCAGUAAUUUAGAUCGGACAAUCAUGAAAGCAUUUACUUUAGACUGUUAUGUAGCGCCAGUUAAUCAGUCACAGUCAAAUGUACAGACAAAAACAGCAAAACGCUGCCGUUUCUGAUGUCACUAAAUAAUUACUACUGUGGAGGAUGACCAAGGUCUCUGAUCAUACAGAGUUAUAGCACUCCCCACAUUUACAGGCACCCCGGUGUGAACGGUUUUUAAAAAACUAAGCAAACUUUAAAAUAUAUUAUUCAAUUGCAGUAGCAUAAUCAAACAUUAGAAAAAUCUAACAUUUAACUAUCUGGGUAUUAUCUAUUAAUUUAACACCCCUUGAUGAUCCACUUUUUGUCAGAAACCUCUAAAUUUAUAUUUAAAAUGCCAGAUUUCCCCACAAUGCUGUGCCCUCUAAUUAGGUUACCAGGACCUUUUAGGAAAAACAAACACAGUGUAGGAUCUGUGAUGCUGCAGGUUUAACAGUGGUCUUGCUCUUCCACAUAUUUAUCCUCCAUGUGCAAACGAUGACAAACCUCAACAAACCUUGUUGAAAAAAUCGGUCAUAGUCUCGUCACACACAAAUCACAGUGCCAGUUGUUGAAAUCAUAGUUGCAUUUGGGAAAAUAUGUGUCUGUUUGUAAUGAUUAUUCAGAAAAUGUUUCUUCCUGGUACGCUUCUUUAAAAAGGGAUCUAAAAGAUGCCUCUCAUGGUUGUUAUGAAGGAAUCUAAGAGAUCAAGUUUGUUAUGGUUUUCAUCCUGAGCUUUGCAUUUUUUUACCUUUAUUACCAUCUGUUAGACCAUCUUGUCUCAGCAAGUCUUCAUUGUCACGUUUCUAUUAUUUUUCCAUAUUUCUAAAUUGUAGCUCUUAGUAUGACAAAGACUGAGAAGUUGCUCUUUUUUUCGAGCAAUUGCCUGACUUGCAAUUCUUUAUUUGGAAUAUUUUCUUAAUUUGUGGCUUAGUGAAACGGUUGUUAUGCCAUAUCUUUAAGAAAGGUUUAAAAAUUCAUAUCUGUAAAUUUAAAAAAUCACUUUGUAGAAUUUCAUUACUUUUAUUUUUUUCACAUUGGAUAGAUGGACUCAAAUUAAAGGUUAGGUUUUUCUACUUUUUUUUUUUUCUAUGUAAAAUUAUGCAACUGCAAUAAUAAAAAAAACAAAUUCUUUUUACGCAUCUUCACCAGGGAUGAUGCAUGUUGAGGUGGUGUGCAAAUGGGAACAUUUAAACUGUGCUAUUUUUUUUUAAACUGAGCUCUUUUUAUAUGACAGUAUAUUUUGAUCUAAAGCAAUGGUCAACCAGUUGAAUAAUGUCCGAGAUGUAUUUAACUUUAAUCUUAUUCCACAAAAAGUCUCAUUCUGCCUUCUUGACGACCAACUGUGGUUUCAGGAAAGCCAUGAUGCUGUUGCUGAAAUAAACUGUUAACUUGAA